CAACGAUAACAACAGCAACAACAGCAGUUCGCUCUUUUUCGUCUUGUUAUAGACUUGCAUUUAAGCGACCUCUAUUAGACCUAGACUCGGUAUAGAACAUUGAACUAUACAGCCACCCAGAAGACUCAAUUCGUCAGCAACACACACAACACAAGCCAAUCAGCAACACCAGCACACACACUACCGCAACAAAAACCUUGGAAAUAAUAAUCAGAAAUCAAGAGUGAGACGCGCGGAAGAACAGACAUAUAUAUCAAUUCGCAACAACCCUCUCUUGUCUCUCGUGUACAGCACUUAAUACAUCACCCACCAAAACACCAAACAACACCAUCGCCACAAUGGCCGCCCUCACCCCAGAGCAAAUCGCCAUCGUCAAGUCCACCGUCCCCAUCAUCCGCGAGCAUGGCAAGACCGUAACUACCACCUUCUACGCCAACAUGCUCGCCGCCCACCCGGAGCUCAAGAACUACUUCUCGCUGCGCAACCAGCAAACCGGCGCCCAACAGGCCGCCCUGGCCAACUCGGUCCUCGCUGCCGCCACCCACAUCGACAACCUGAGCGUCAUCCUCGGCGCCGUCGAGAAGAUCGCCCAGAAGCACGUGUCGCUCUUCAUCCAGCCCGAGCACUACCCCAUCGUCGGCAAGUACCUGAUUGGCGCCUUUAAGCAGAUCCUCGGCGACGCCUUCACCCCGGAGAUCGAGGAGGCCUGGACCAUUGCCUACGGCCUGCUAGCCGACAUCUUCGUCCAGCGCGAGAAGACUCUCUACGCCGAGGCUGGCUGGCAGGGCUGGCGCGACUUCACCAUCGCUCGCCGCGAGGACGAGGCCGAAAAUAUCACCAGCUUCUACCUCCAGCCCACCGACGGCGGCUCGCUGCCGCAGUUCCUGCCCGGCCAGUAUGUCAGCCUGCAGAUCCCCAUCCCGGAGCUCAACGGCCUGUUCCAGAGCCGCCAGUUCAGCUUGAGCUUGGCCCCGCACCAGAGCACCGAGCAGUACCGCGUCACCAUCAAGAAGGAGAAGGUCGUCGAGUCGUACACGGUUGAGGAGCUGGCCGCCGGCAAGAUCGCCGGUCUCGUGUCGCAGCGCCUGCACGAGCAGUACAAGGUCGGCGACAAGGUCCAGCUCAGCCCUCCUCACGGCGAAUUCACCUUCAGCACCGCUGACACGCCCGCCACCGCCCCCGUCGUGCUGCUCUCUGCCGGUGUUGGUGUCACACCUCUGCUGUCUAUCCUUGACACUAUCCUCGCCAACUCAUCUCAGGCUGGCCGUCCCGUGACCUGGAUCCACGCUGCUCGACACGCUGGAGCCGUGACAUACGGCAAGUACAUCCGCGAGGCCGACGCAAAGCACCCCAACCUGUCCACCAAGAUCUUCCUCAAUAACGUCAGCGAGACCGACGUCAAGGGCCAGCAAUACGACUACGCCGGCCGCAUGAACCUGGAUACCCUCGAGGCCGAUGGUGUUCUGCCCCUGACCGAUGCCUCUGCCGAGUACUACAUCUGCGGUCCCGAGGAGUGGAUGAUCCAGACGCGAGCUGAGCUGCUCAAGAAGGGUGUCAGUCUUGAGAAGCAGCACCUGGAGCUGUUCCGCACCGGCAGUGUCUAGAUGAUGACUGACGUGUAUGAUGAAAAGAAAACAAAGAAGCAAACCUGUAAGAGUCUCUACUGGUAGAGAUUUCGUGGAUGUGCGUGACUCCUCUCUAGAUUGGGCGUUGAAUGUAUGGAUACCUAUGUAUGACAAAAAGCGUUGAUUUUAAGGUAGAAAAAGAUAGAGUACCUACUAAGUAGGUAAGCAUAAUUAGGGGAAAUGUUAAGCCACUUUUUGUUCUUCAACACUUUACUCACACGUGCCUUGAAGCACUAGAAAUAAGAAGUAGAUACCGUAGUAAAAUAGAAAUGUACUGAAUAAUUGUUU